UUCCUAGCAUGUGAUUGGUCGAGCUGCACGUCCAUCAAAACUGACAACAUCGUAAGCAGUCGGAGUGAGGGGAACAGGUUGAAAAGAGAGGCUUGUAUAUUCAAAUACUGUUGGUUGCAGAUUGUAACCGGACCUAAUACGCAAACUGGAAGGGCUCAGCGCAGCGUGGGUGCCCAGGGAGCCACUGCCUGAGUGCGGGGAAAACAGCGGCCGAGACCCCAAAGACAUGAAUCACACCAAGGGUGGCCUGGUCAUCUUCACUGCCAACUCGCACCCCGCCAGCCGCGAGCUGGGAAAGAGGAUUUCAGAGCGGUUAGGGGUGGAGCUUGGCAAGGUGCAGGUGUACCAGGAAGCUAACCGAGAAACGCGGGUACAGAUCCAAGAGUCGGUGCGAGGGAAAGAUGUCUUUGUGAUCCAAACAAUGUCCAAGGAUGUGAACACCACCAUAAUGGAGAUGCUGAUCCUGGUGUACGCGUGCAGGACGUCCUGUGCCAGAAGCAUCACGGGCGUCCUCCCCUACUUCCCCUACAGCAAGCAGUGCAAGAUGAGAAAGAGGGGCUCCAUCGUCUCCAAGCUUAUUGCCUCUAUGAUGUGUAAAGCUGGGCUCACCCACCUGAUCACCAUGGACCUCCAUCAGAAAGAGAUUCAAGGCUUCUUCAACAUCCCAGUGGACAACCUGAGAGCCUCCCCCUUCCUGCUGCAGUACAUACAGGAAGAGAUCCCUGACUAUAGAAAUGCUGUGAUUGUGGCCAAAUCCCCAGCCUCUGCCAAAAGGGCUCAGUCGUUUGCCGAGCGACUGCGUCUGGGUAUAGCGGUGAUCCACGGUGAAGCUCAGGACGCCGAGUCAGACCAGGUAGACGGGCGACACUCGCCGCCCACCGUCAAGACCACCGGAGCCAUUCACCCCAGCAUGGAGAUACCAUUGUUGAUCCCUAAAGAGAAGCCUCCCAUCACUGUGGUAGGAGAUGUAGGAGGACGCAUCGCCAUCAUAGUGGAUGACAUCAUCGACGACGUGGACAGUUUUGUGGCAGCAGCGGAGACGCUGAAGGAACGAGGGGCCUACAAGAUCUUCGUCAUGGCAACACACGGCCUCCUCUCCUGCGACGCCCCCAGGUUCAUAGAGGAGUCAGCCAUCGAUGAGGUGGUGGUGACCAACACGAUUCCCCAUGAGCUCCAGAAACUCCAGUGUCCAAAGAUCAAAACGGUCGACAUCAGCAUGAUCCUGUCGGAGGCCAUCCGCCGCAUCCACAACGGAGAGUCCAUGUCCUACCUGUUCCGCAACAUAGGGGUGGAUGACUGAACCACACACACACACACACACACACACACACACCAUUUGCCUUUUCAGAUGUCUUCAGAAACAUAGGUGAUUGUCAUACACUGAAAUUGCUGCACACACAAACAUAUCCACUACCUGCUCAUAUCAUAAUAUCCAAAUAAAAAUGCUGACCCUUUCCUUUUUAAAUGCAGCUUAACAUAGAAGAUGACUGAAUAUAUAUACACACACACACACACACAGAUCUGUGUCAUUAAUGGACUACUACCUGUCUCUCCAAUGGCUGCCCAUAAACUGUACACACCUCGGGUUUAUACUCAUCUCUUAGUCUUUUCUCACCUCUCCAUCUUGUCUGUAUUAGUUUUCAUAGAAAUGAAUGUUGUAAAUCUGUGAAGCUUAGAACAUGUUUGUUAGAAUCGAAUGUCUCUUGCAGUACAAUCUCCAAUAGUAUGAGAAAGAUUGCCAGUGCCUUCUACAGGACAUACUCCCAACACACAGGCCUUCCUUCACUACUGCAAUCAGAGGUGUAGAAAUCUCAGCAAACUGAAUUAAUAACGGCCCUUGUAAUUAAUCCAGGAAAUGCUGGUUCCCAGCUAAUUCAUUUGAGUAUCAGAGUGCACGUUUAACCCUCUUGUCAGAUUUUUGUUUAUUUAUGUGGUGUAUGAAUGUGCUACUAUUAUAUAGUUAGUUUAGACCGUGUGGUUGCCGUAGCAUGAUGCUAAUCUGGUGUCAAAUCUACUCGCUAACGUUGAACUGGAAUUAACAGGAAAUAUUUUCUCAGUCUGGGUUAAUUGGAUGUUACAAACAUGUUACUGUAUGGCAGUGCACUUGUGAAAUAUGUACUCAUGAGUCAUUCGUUGUAACAUUGUGCCAUCGUUUUCAAUGCCUGCUCAAAUUUUAUAUUUAUUUUUGCGACAAAUGAGUAGUUCCCUUCCAGCUGGAGGACUCCCGUUAGAAGUGGAGGGUUGUUCUAAAUCAUAUGGAAAUGAAUAACGAAUCUUUGAUCAUUAUCAAGUUUACUUAAACACACCAUAUAUACCUGAGUUUCAAAGGAUGAAGUUCCAAACUGCAGCUAAAGCUAGAAAAGUAAAUUUCAAAACCUUUUCUGAUGAGCAAAACUUGACUGAAGCAGGUCUUUGUCACUUUACCAGAUGUGUUUCAAAAAUGUUUUGUAUUUAUAUUUAGCACUUCAUAUGAAUAAAAAUAUGACCUAUGAAAGU